AUAUGACAUUUCAUCAUCAGAACGUGACACAUGUUUAGAACUUUUAAAUAAGUUAGUUUAUAGUCAUUCAGAAAAUGAAUACGAUGAACUAUACAUUGUGUUCUGUGACACUUGCCCGCCAAGUGUAGCUGAGUAUUUUAACAAGAACUGGCACAACAUUAGAUGCGAAUGGACUUGUUACAGCAUGGUACAUGGUAAUUUAAGAAAUCGUACCAACAAUAGAUUGGAGUCAUUAAAUCAAAAAAUUAAAGACGUUGUGCCACGAAAUAGCUCUUUAUGUUUAUUUCUUAAACAUUUUUUAAAUUGGUUAAGAUCUCAUUGUGAAGAGCGAAAUAGUAAAGUUGCAAAAAUUAUUACACAAUUUGAUGAAGACAGCUGUGAAAAAAAAUAUUUGGAUUUUCUAACACCUUAUGCAUAUGGAUAUGUUCUAAAGCAAAUUAAUCUCAGUAAGAAAGUAGCUAUAACUGAAGAUGAUGAACAAUACAAGGUUAAAGUUAAAGACAUUAUGAUAUCAGUACAUACUGCUACCUGUGAAUGCUCCGACUUCUUAUCAAUGUUUUUACCAUGUAGACAUAUAUUAUCUUUAAGAAACUAUCUGAAAAUGGAUUUAUUUUGUGAAGAAGCUUGUGCGGAAAGAUGGAGAAAACAGUUUUAUCUAAAAAGUCAUAGAGUGUUAAAUGACUCGCAUAUAGAGAAUGUGCCUUCAUAUUCAGUUACAAAUGUGAAAACUGCGAAAAUUCUGAACCCAACCGAGAAACGAAAAAGAGCAAAUUUGAUUGCCAAUGCUAUUGUUAGUAUAGCUUGUCUUUCUUCAAAUUCACAGUUUGAAUAUAAACUUGACUGUUUAAAAAAAAUUGAACUUUUGUGGAGGCAAGGCUAUGAGGUAUAUUGUCUUUUUUUAUAGGCAUGCAUUCUUUUGUGAUCUACAUUGACUUAUUUUAGGUAACGAUUAAUAAAGUAAGCAUCAAUGAAGAUGAAAGUGAGCACUCGGAAUUAUUACUUGACGAAAUUGUGAUGAAUGAAAUCCCAGAAACUUCUACUAUUGGGAGAAAUUUGAAUAUUUCCAUGAUCACGCAAGGUGCAGAAAAUUGUGGUGCUUCUAAUAAUGCCACAGUUACUCAAAAUUCGUAUGUAUAUGAAGAAAGAGUAAGAAUCUGUGAGAUGGAUCAAAGUACUGACAUUUCUGCCUGUGACUCAUUUAAUGUUAAUGAUUUAAAUGAAAUUCCUACAUUAGAGAAUGAACAUACUGUUGCCAGUGCCAGUGCCGGAACUGAUUACAGUGAAGCUGUUUUUACGGAAACUCAAGUUGAUGAUUUGUCUACUAUCAUUAUGCCCAGUAAGAUUAAAAAACGAGGUAGGACUAAAGGGUCAGAACAAACUGUUAUUGGCUUGAAAAAAAGAAGGACCAUUAAGAUUCCAACAAAAUUUACGUUGAAAUCAGAAACCAUGCAAAAAACUCAAAUUCUCAGAGAAAUAGUUUCAAAUGACGAUGCCAUAAAACAAUGCUUAGAAGGAGAAUAUAAAAUUAAAAACAUCGACUUGAAAGAUUUUAAAUGUUUGAGACAUGUCAUUUUCGAUCCAUCAUUUAAUUUGGAUUUAGUUAAGGAUUUGUUUGAACUAGGGGCUUUUGAAAAUUUAAUAGACUUUAUUGAACACAACAAGGAAAAUCAUGAAUGGUGUUGUGCCACUUGCAACAAUGCAAUUGCCCAACUAAAAAGCAUAUGUUGCGAUAGCUGCUUGAUGUGGUACCAUUUUCGAUGUGUAGGAUUAGCAAAGACCCCAAUCAGAAGAACAUGGUUCUGUCGGGAAUGUUACUGA